GUCUGUAGUCUCAAGCUGCGCUCGAUGGCGAAGGUGCAGUCAUUUUAGAUAAAGUCCGUCCGACCAUGUAGGGCCGGGUAGCGAGAAGUAACAGUAGGAGGGAUGUAAACAAAGUCCCAAACUGAAACAUAUGACUCCACGACAAGUUCAGUAAAAAUGGGGAAGAGAGACAAUCGAGUGGCUUACCUGAACCCCAUCGCUAUGGCCCGUGCGCGAGGACCCGUUCCUUCCUCAGGACCCUCCAUACAGGACUACCUGAACAGACCGAGACCCACGUGGGAGGAGGUGAAGGAGCAGUUGGAGAAGAAGAAGAAAGGGUCCAGGACACUGGCUGAAUUUGAAGAAAAAAUGAAUGAGAGGUGGAAGAAAGAAUUGGAGAAAAAUCGCGAAAAAGUACUAGGGGGUGGUGAAAAUAAGAAAGAUAAAGAAAAGAAAGAGAAAAAGCGGAAAGACAAGAAGAAAUCCAGCAGGCAUUCUUCAUCUUCCUCCUCUUCAUCAAGUUCUGAUUCUUCUAGCAGCUCUUCUGAAACUGAUGAAGAAGAAGAAAAGAAGAGCAUUAAAAAGAAGAAAAAGAGGAAGCAUUCAUCUGUGAGAAAAGCAUCCGAUGGCUCAUCAUCAGAGUCUGAUUCUGAUAGCAAGGAGUCCUCUAAAAAGAAAAAGAAGAAACCCAGGGAAGACCAGGAGAAAGAAAAGGAUGAUAAAGGCAGUCGGAAAAAGAGGAAAAUGGAUCGCUCAUCCUCUGAAUCACCUCCUGACUCAGAAGGCGAAGAGGAUGGUGACCCUAAGAAGAAAAAAUGUAGUGAGGAAAAGGAGAAAGUUACAGACAAAUCAAAGAAAAAGAGGAAAAAGAAGCACAAGAAGCACAGCAGAAAGAAGAAAAGAGCCUCCGGUUCAAAUUCUGAGCUUGAGUAGCGUGUUUGUUGCACGUUCUGCAGAUGUUAUAGCAGUGAAUUGAGUGUACUCCACUCAGAGGACUUUUACCACACCACAGUAACCACAUUACUACACUUGCAUGACAGUGGACUCUGGGGCAGGAGAAAAGCAAGCUCCUUCCUUCAUCAACUUAUAAACUGAGGAACAUGGCUGUUUCAGUGAUUUGAACUUCGUCUUUUUUAUUAGAAAAUUUUCUGUCCAAAUAAAGGUCUGUGUUACCA